AUGCAUCGGACGAACUGCUGCUCGAGCUCUUCAAUGUGCUCGAAACUCGAGUCCACCGACGAGCAGAUCGACGGAGCGGCCAUGGCAGAAAACGAAGCUGCCGUCAACGGAGCUCGUGAGGAUGGCAUGUCCCCGGCCGACGGGUCCAAGACACCGUCCACCUCGAACGAUCAAAGCCGCCCCGAGUCCUCACAUAGUCAUUUGCAGGUCGCUGGAAGCGGUGAUGGCUAUGAUAGGCCGACAUCGAGUGGCAAGUCCACUACAAACCAGACAGGAAUGCGGAGCUCGAGCUCGAAGUUUGCCUCGCUAAGGGCAGCCUUCGAGCAUAGUCCUGCAACCGAUAGCGCUCCCAUCGCCGCCAGGAAACGGGUGGUGAGCAGCGAGAAGAAUCGAGAUUUGACGGAAGAGCAGAAACAUGAAUAUGAAGCUGAGCUCGCACAAUUGAAGGAAGAGUUGAGCAAGGAGAAGGAGCUGCGUGCUGCGUUGGAAGAGGAAAGAACUGUUUCUGAAAACAGUGUCAGUGACGCCACUGCCGCAUCGGCGGCUGAGCAGAAGCAAGAUCAUGAGAUUGAGAUCGGAAGAUUGCAGGAGGAGCUGGAGACGCAGAAGGCCAUGCGUGUUGCUGCUGAGGCCAAAGCUACGGGUGCUGGGAACCUGCAGUCUCAACUCGCUCGGCUGCAAGAACAACUAGAGAAGGAAAAGGAGAUGCGUGUUGCUUUUGAGGAGAGAGUAACGAGUCUCGAAGACGAACAUGAAGAGAUGACUGGUGCUUUGCAAGAGUGUGAUGAGCGAUGGCGAGCCGAGCUGGAGAAGAGACUUACUGAGCUCGAUGCUGAAGCAAGAGUUCGGAUGGUGACGAUGGCAGAGGAAUCACAAAAACGACAGGAAGAGGCCGCGACUGCUCAGAAGCAGCUUGUAGACUUGAAGCAAAGCAUUGCGGCCUCUACACGCGGCACUACCGAAGUCAGCGAUGCGACUUUCACUGAAGACUUUGGUGUUCUCCAGCAUAAUAUCCAGAACUGGGUCGUCAACACUUUUCGGCGGGUCAAGAGUGAGGUGUCAUCGGAGGACAUGUGUAUGAAGCUCGAGAAGGUCGCAGAGCCAGAGCAAGUCCAGUAUCUCAAACCAAUCUAUCGGCAAUUCGAGCCAGCAGCCAGGUUUGCGAUUUACCAGGCAACAGUGGCAUGCCAUUUGAUGGAAGUCUUUGGCGAGCCGUAUCUCUACGGCUUGAAAGGACAGCGGGACUGGGCAAGGCGGUCCAGACAAGCUGCGGACGCUCUCCGAUUUGUUAUGGACGCAGAGACGUACAAUCGUUGGCGCGUGACGACGUUCGAUGCUUUGAGACAGUCAGCUAGUAUCAAGGAGCCGGUUGAAAGUGCAGUGAAUGGCAUUACUGAGAUGAUAUGCAUUACUCUGCAAGCCUUGACAGACAGCGAGGACAACGAGAGCUGGCAGUCGUCCUUGACACCGAUUAUCCACCGCGCCGUCUCCCUUGCCCACCUGAUACGGGUGCAGCACGCACGGUACGAGUUUGUUCUUCCCUCGGCUGAGGAGCCUUUCGAUCACAAGAUCAUGGACGACGUCGCUGAGGAGUGCGACGACGGUGCUGAGCGCUUUGUUAGAUGCUCUACCUUCCCAGCCAUCACCAAGCUCAGUUACGAGGAAGGUGACAUCUCCGAAACACGAAAAGUUGUCACGAGAGCGAAGGUCGUCCUAACCCCAGGUGAUGGCGGCGCCGAGCCGUGA